GUAUUGACCGGUAAUGAUUAGCUAUUAGCUUAUACUAAGACUUUUUUUACAUUAUAUUUUGUCUUUCCCCACUUUAUUUUUAUUAGUCUGUCUGAUUGAGGCGUUUCCGGUGCUGCAGAGUCGCUAAAUACAGUGUGGAGCCGCACAAUCAUGAUGUCCUGUCAGUACCUCCUGCUGCUGCUGCUGAGUGUGGGAGUCUCGGCGGUGGAAGUCCAACGCCCUCGUGGAGUCCCCUUGUCAAAACGGCAGUUCUAUGAAGAGGGCAACCCUUUUACCUGCCUGGAUGGCUCCCGCACUAUUCCCUUUGACAGAGUGAAUGAUGACUACUGCGACUGUCAGGACGGCUCUGAUGAGCCAGGCACUGCUGCUUGUCCCAACGGCAGCUUCCACUGCACCAAUGCAGGUUUCAGACCUGGCUUCAUCCCUUCCUCCCGCAUCAAUGACGGAAUCUGUGACUGCUGUGACACAACAGAUGAGUACAACAGUGGUGCUGCCUGUCAGAACACCUGCAGGGAGAUGGGGCGCAAAGAGAGAGAGAGCAUGCAGAAGAUGGCAGAGAUUGCCAAGGAGGGCUUUAUGCUUAAACAACAACUUAUCCAGGAGUCCAAGAGGGGCCUCGAGGAUAAGAAGGCCAAACAUGCAGAUAUUGAGGUUAGUAAGAAUGAGUUAGAAAAGACAGUUGAGGCUCUGAGAACUGUGAAGGAGACUGCUGAGCAGCCAGAGAAAGAAGCCAAAGAGCGCCAUCUGAAGGCCUGGGAAGAUCAAAAGGCUCUUAUUCAAAUGGAGAAAGACAAGGCUAGAAUGGCUGAGGUGUUUCUGGAACUGGACGAUGAUGCAGAUGGCUUUGUCUCAGUGGCGGAGCUUCUGUCCCACUCUGAGCUCGACUCGGCUUCAGAUGAUUCAUUCACAGAAGCAGAAGCUCAGGGACUGUUGGGAGGAGUGGACCAAGUGGACUCUGUAGCAUUUGAGUCUAUUUGGCAUGUUAUCAAAGAAAAAUACAUAUCAGAGGCCAUCCCAGAACCCCCAGCGCCUGUGGAGACUCCACCGGAGGAGAUCAGGGAGCCGGAGUCUGACAAUGACUCUGAGUUGUACCCUGAAGAAGACAUCCCAGACGAAGAAGAGGAUGAUGAAGAAGAGGACGAAGAUGAUGACACAGAUGACGGAGACUUUAAGAGCCCUCCUACGACGCAGACCCAAGAAAAGAAGGAUGACGAUGAUGAGGGGACUAUGCCGACCUACGACCAAGAAACGCAGAGCCUCAUUGAUGCUGCUCAGAAAGCCAGGGAUGCAUUCGAAGAGGCGGAGAAAGCUCUCCGGGAAGUCGAUGAUCAGAUUAAGAACCUCGAGAAGGAAAUCUCCUUUGACUUUGGACCCACUGCUGAGUUUGCCUACCUCUAUAGCCAAUGUUACGAGUUGACUACGAGCGAGUAUAUCUACAGGCUUUGUCCAUUCAACAGAGUUUCACAGAAACCCAAGUUUGGUGGAUCAGAAACUAACCUCGGAUCAUGGGGACAAUGGGCCGGUCCUGAAGACAACAUCUACUCUGUGAUGAAGUAUGACCAUGGAACAGGGUGCUGGCAAGGCCCGAACAGAUCCACCACGAUUAAAGUAACGUGUGGAAAGGAGACCGUUUUGGUAUCUACCUCGGAGCCCAGUCGCUGCGAGUACCUGAUGGAGUUUAUCAGCCCUGCUGUCUGCCAGGAACCUUCAACCCUGGAUUCGGCACUUCAUGAUCACACAGAGCUCUAAAUCCAUUUGAUUUGUUGUUCUUGAGGGACCACAGUCACCGCGGCAACCUGAAAUUGCCACGAGAGGCAAAGCCUUGGCAUCAAUAAAACAGUAUAAAUGAUUGAAAUUCCAAUGAGUAGUUAAAUCUUCUACUCAUCCAACUUCCACUGUUGCUUGUUAAUGUAUUGUUUCUCUGAUUUGUGUAAAAUGUCGUCAUUCCAUUGUUUUCCAAUAAAGUACAUUUUAUCAUAUUCCAAA